GCUUGAUAAGUGAUUGUACUUUGUCCUACUGCUUCCAUUGACAGUCUGAUAGCAAUUAUUAUUCAGAUAGGUGCUGGUUUUCGCUUCCUGAUUAUUAUCGGGAAGUGCAUUAGUUGCUUUUGUUUUGUUUGCCACGACCGGGGCGAUGAUUGGCAUGUGAAAGCCAGCCGUUGCGCCAACGGUUUUACUUUUACCUGCAUAUUCGGACAUUUUCCAUAUUGUUUGACAUCUGCAGCUAAAAUUCCCGGCUCUUUCAGAUGUGGCGUCUCAACAUGUUGAAUCACCCAGGUCUCACUGUCUUCUGAAAGACCUGCAAGACCUGCAAGACCUGCGUUUGAAUGUCCUGAGAGCCGUGUCAAUCAGCUCAAGUCAACCGGCAGAAAAUUCUAAAUGGAUCCAACAACAUCAAGAACUGCUACCAUGGCCUAUUCAACUGGUCUCCCUGACUUACUUCCUGCCCUUCCUGCUGCGAUUAGAAGGCGGAUUCCCCGCCUCUAUUCCUCUCUUCACCGGGCCAUGGGAUCGACUGAUCGCGAUAGUUCUGACACAGCGACCGAUGGACUGGUAGGACCAAUGCGACAAGCAGAUGCUCUUCGCACAUUCGCACCAUUCUCAACACCAGACUUGGGCUAUUGUAGAACGCCAUCGUCGGCGGCGAGCGAGUUGGGGGCCGAAGAGCCUCCGCGCCCUGCGACGGCGGGGAGUAGUGUUUGUCCGGAGUCGUACGAUUCCAGGUCCUCGGCUUCGUCUUCGUCGGGGAAGACAUUGGAGGCCUUGGAUCUCGAUGAAGGGAGGGACGGCGAUGCGAUGGAUCGGCGGUCGAUGCUAGCGAAGUAUGAGGUUGGGUCCGGGUUACGGUGGAACCGGGUGGUUCCUGCGUUGAACCUUCUGCGCAACGCGGGUUACGAAGCUCAGCAAUCCACCUGCGACGGCCGCUUCGUCCGCUCCCUGUACAUCAAUGCGCUGGGGUACCUCCUCGACGCUCUGCCGGCGGAUCUGACCGACGAGGAAUCAAUGACGAUUCAACACAAUCUUCCCGCCAGUGUAAAGGUUACGCUUGCGGCGUCCGCGGCUGCACAGCCCGGUGCUGGAGCCGCUGUUAACAUGGCCAAUCAGGGCGCUGGGACGCGGUAUCCGACGGAGCGCUCGUACCUGCACCGUUUACUGGCGUCUAGUAUUGUGCAGUUCUUUCUCAUCGUGCAGUUCUUGCUGCCGUAUGUGAAGAUCUUGCUACAGCAGGUGUAUCGGUAUGAGAGGUCGCAUCGGGUCACGGAGCGUCUUGUGACGGCAACAUUGGAUGCUGCCGAUAGUCUGGGCAAGGGGAGUGUCAAUCUGGGGUCGACGGUGCUUCGACUGAACGAGGGGAAGGUUGGGACAGCGUUUACGAAUCUAGCAGCCUGGUGGGUGGAAGGAGUUGCUGGUGGCAUCUACGAGGGAGUUGGAGAAGGAAUGAUGAUUUUGGGGCUGAUCCGGCCCAAUUCUCAGUGGGAGAAGAUGCCUAUUCAGAUGCAGGGGCGAUGAUUCCGAUGUGCAAUCGUAGGCUACUAUACUCUGUUAGAGCGACAUAGACUUAUAUAGAAUUUAGAAUCUGACACGAAUUGACGACCCCC